AUGUCGGCCAACACCAACCCAGGAAACUUUGCCAACCGCCCCAAGGAAGAGGUCCAGGAGAUCGCCAGUAAGGGAGGUCAAGCCAGCCACAACAGCGGCUUUGCCUCGAUGGACCCAGACAAGCAGCGCGAGAUUGCUUCCAAGGGAGGCCAAGCAUCCAGCGGCUCCUUCGAACCCGGCAGCGAGAAGGCUAGAGAGGCCGGUCGGAAGGGAGGUUCUGCCACUGGCGGUUCUUAGUCCUCACAACAUCAUAGGCAUACACAGAUGGACGUCGAGUCAGUGACGGACGAAGAGGGAAACAUCACAUCAGUGUAACCUACGAGCUUUUCAAUUCAAGGUUCAACCAAGAUCACACACACUCUGCAAACUGUGCUGGGCCGAUCAUCGACGGCUGCACAAGAAAUGAUAUGUAUCAUUAGACAGGAACAACUGAGAUACCAU